AAAUCGCAUUGAAACUCUACAAAACACAUAGUAACUUUUUAAAACACAUAGUUACUAUAAUACACAUAUAGUUAAUAUUUAAAAUUAAAAAAAAUGACUAUCACGUGACAGUUACACAUGUCGCCCAUACAAAUUACUCCAUUGCCUUGGUCCACGCUAAGUUAGCGUGGACCAGGUUUAUAUUAGUGUAAUCCCUAUAGGGUUCGUUUCAAUAGAACAUGUUGGAGGGGGCUUUAUAAUGCCCGCCUCAUUAGAUACUAGUCUAAAGGGGCGAGCUUUUUGUUUUUCGUUUCAACAGAUAUUUCCCCUUCACAAAAAAAAAAAUUAAAAAAAAAAAAAAAGUUGCCCUUCAAUAUUUUGUGUGUCACUGCUAAUAUGCUAUUCCCCUUCAAUUCUCCUUCCCUUGGAACAAGUACGUUCUAGCGCAUUCCUGGCCGGCGAGUUCGCAUACUUCUCACCGCACAGCUCCACCACAACCACCACCAGCAGCUCGCCUCCUCUUCCAUAGUAGUCGCCCCCGACGGUCGUCUUCCCUAUCUCGCUUGCCUAUGUUUCUCUUCUCUUAUCAAGGCUUACACUCCAAGAAAUGCGCCUUAUACCGAUGAGGAAAUAGAUGUGGUUCGUGAGCAAUGGGAUAAGUUUUUUACAACCAAGUAUAUAUUUACUUAGGUUGUUUAGACACGAAGAUGGAAGCGUUUAUAUCUUCAUGGAUUUGGAAUCGAAGAAGGCUUCUACUACGGUGGUCCCAUCCUCAAAGCGCAAGGCUGGGGGAACAGGUUUGCCACGUUUUAAGCCCACUCGGGAUUCUGGAGUGGGGCCGUCUUCGGCGGUAGGACCGUCUCCGAAGCAUCAAAAAGUGACUCAGAAGAGCGUUUCUGAGACCCAGGAGCUUCUCUCUCCAGAUCCCCUAGGGGGAAUUCCUGAAGUUGUCCGUCGCAACAUACCUCCGAAGACGGCGGAGAGUGCUAGGAACUCGGAUGGUAAGUUUUAUUCCAGCAUCGUAAGCACUUGUCGUUCUUCGUCUGACAGUUCUAUAGUGUUUCCCAGGGAUUCUAAGCCUAUGGUUUUUCCAGUAGAGAAACAUGAUCCUCAGAAAGCCAUAAACGCUGAGUUGGAUCAGAUCCCUUCAUCGGGCCACUAUACCUCCCGAGACCGGGUUAAAGUAAUGGGUCUUAUGCCCAAUGAUAUACCCCUAGAUAUGCCUAAACUCUCCCCGAGGCGGAUGAAACCCAACUAGCUGCUCUGCAAACCUGUGCACUAGAUAUGUUUAUCAAGCUGGAUUUGCUGAAGAAAUGGCGCGUUGCUUUAGUAUUGGAGGAGACUAGAGCGCGUACCCUUGACAGUCAAUGUGGCGACCAGCAUUUUGCUUCCUUGGAAGGGCUUCGUCUUACCAAGAGGGAGACGGUCGAUUCUUUGGCCACUCUUCGUGCUGAGAAUAAGAAGCGUCUUCAGCAGCUUGACAAGAACUUCCAGGAGAUGAAGGAUCUUUCCGAGAAGUGCAAGCAGAAGGACGACGAGUUGUUGAAACUUAACUCCAAAUUUACUCAAAUGGAGUUUCAAGUGGAGGAGGCUCGUAAGGAAGCGGCUAACUCUAAAGAAGUGUGCAUUCAAUCCGUUACUCUGGGGGAGCAGUCAAUUAAGGGAGGAAUUGAGCUGGCAUUUGAAUAAGGAAUUCGCAAACAUGCGCACCUUCAGCUGGUUUGAAAGAAUCAUUGAUCAUCAUGUGGAGGUGGAGAAGGCCUUGAAGGAAGGACGUCCUCCCCCUGUGUUUGUUCCAGAGGACAACAACGCAUGAGACGCUUAGUGGAUUCUGGUCUGAAAGGCAUCUUUUUUUUGUUUUAAUGCCCUUUUGUGAAGCCAUUUUGUAAAUGACUUGUAAUAACUACUAACUUUUGUUAAUGGGAUGUGUUUUAACCAUGGAAUGGACGUUUUGCCCAUAUAAGUUGUUGUUCUUGUUCAUUUAUUUUAUUGUGCUGUUUAUACAACUUGAUAUGGUCUUCCUUACAACUUGAUAUGGUCUUUCUCCU